AUGUCCUCGAUACAGUCUAACUCGAAUACGUCGAGCUCGCCUUCGUCGAAUCAUUCCGAGAGUCCGACCUCUGAGUCUCAUCUCGAGAAAGAUGGUUCUCUAACUCCAACCCCUACUGAGGCCGAGCUGCCUUCGACGGUUUCCGAGUUGCAUCUUGACGCUGUCAAGGAUAUCAGGCAAAUCGUAAGGCUCAUUCAAUGUCAAAUCUGCUCUAAAAUAUUGCAGGAGCCGACGACUUUACCCUGCGGACACAGCCUCUGCAAGCACUGUGUACCUCAGACACAUGUCCGAACUAAUAUCUCGUGGCCUGCGACGGCUAACCGGCUUCGUGGGUUUGAAUGUCCCUUUGAUGACUGCGCAAAGGAACACGCGCUCGGAGACUGCGCUGUUGAUGUCACUUUGAAAAAAGCGUUAGCCACUAUCAACGGGAUUGUCGAGUCGGAUCGAGAUAUGAUGGAUGUUUCCCAUACUUCUACAAGUAUCACGGUGCAGGAUCAGUGGGACAUUGCGGGGAUUCCCUCGCUUGCGCAUAAAACGAAUGAACCUUUCGUGUUAAAAGGAGCUCGCUUUGUCGCGACAUAUACACUAGCAGAACUUGGCAAGCUGGAUUAUGGGAGCGAGGUAUUUUACUCCUCUGUAGGUACCGGGGCUGAUGAGGUAGAGCAGAUUGAUGUGGCCAUGUUGGCGCGGUUAAAGGAAUCUGUUAGAACAGAAAUGGAUUGUCAAGUCUGUUACGCCUUGUUCUUAGACCCUUUAACGACAACUUGCGGUCACACUUUCUGUCGGAGUUGCCUCCACCGCAUUUUGGACCACUCAUAUCUUUGCGCUAUAUGCAGGCGUCCCUUGUCGAUACAGGCUCAGGUCAACCGGCAAUCUUACCCUUCUAACGAUCGACUGUGUAAGAUAAUCGAUGGGUUCUGGGCCGAUCUCGUAGCGCUUCGUGCGCAAGCGUAUACACUCGAACAGCAGGCAAAUCAGGAUGGGUUCGACAUCCCGCUCUUUGUCUGUACGCUUUCGUUCCCACGUAUGCCUACGUUCCUUCAUGUUUUCGAACCGCGCUACCGCUUAAUGAUCCGACGGGCGAUGGAAGGCGACCGAACAUUCGGUAUGGUACUUCAUAACCAGUAUCAUAUGCCUGGCGAGCCUGAGUUUCUGGAAAUUGGAACGUUACUUCGCAUAGUUAAUAUCGAAUCUUUCGCAGAUGGGCGGAGCCUCUUGGAGACAGUUGGUGUUUCUCGAUUCCGGGUGACCCGGCACGGGUGGUUAGACGGGUAUAUGGUCGGUAAUAUCGAGAAGAUCGAUGACAUCAGCGUAGCGGAGGAGGAAGCUAUAGAGGCGGAGGAAACGAUGCGCUCUCAUAGCGAGAGGGGGUUGGCAACCGCACCACCUAGUCCAGGACAAACGCAUCCAGAAGUCGUACCCGUUCGGUCUCUACCGGUAUCCGUGUCGCUAGAUGACAUAGAAACGAUGUCAACUAGAGAGUUGGUCGAGGUAGGUGCGGACUUUGCUAGAAGAGUGAGAGCGCAGAGCGUAGCGUGGUUAAAUUCACGAGUUUUAGCCAUCUACGGCGAAUGUCCUGCGGACCCGACUCUCUUCCCCUGGUGGCUCGCUAGCAUUCUACCGGUUAAGGACGAGGAAAAGUAUAAGCUCCUAGGCACUUCGAGCGUGCGGGAGCGGUGUAAGAUAUGCUGUCGGUGGAUUAUAGAAUGGGAGGCGAACAGAUGGUUAGUAACACAUUCUCUUCUUUCACACAUGGGCAAAGCCAAACGGUGGUAG